AUGCUCAAAAGCAUAACAUUACCAUCAAGCAUACAAACAAUUGAAGCAGACACAUUCUCUAAUUGCAUCAAUCUUGAAAAAAUAAUUUUCCCAGAAAAUUUAACUGAAAUUUCAGAAUAUUCCUUUAGCAAUUGCGAAAAAAUCCAAUUACUAGAAUUCCCUAUCAAUCUUAAAAAGAUUGGAGCAAACGCUUUCUACGCAAACACAAAAUUAACUAAAAUUAUUUUACCUCAAUCUCUUUCUCGCAUUGGAGAGAGAUGUUUCAUGUUAUGUAACAACCUCGUGUCAAUAAAAUCGACAGGAACCUCUACAAUUAACUCAGUUUUAAUUAUCGAAAGAAAUGCGUUUUCAAACUGCGAUUCUUUAACAGAAGUAGAUCUCCCGAGUAAUCUAAACACAAUAGGACAUUACGCAUUCACAAAAUGCACAUCUUUGGCAAAGAUUUCGUUGCCAUCUUCAUUAUGCGUUAUACAAGACCACGGAUUCUCAUUCUGCAGUAAUUUAGAGACAAUAGAGAUGCCAAGCAGCAUUGCUGUUGUUUCAAAUUAUGCGUUUUAUCUUUGUAUUAAGUUAAAGUCAAUUUCUUUCCCAGAAUCAUUCACAACCAUUGGAGAAGGAGUAUUCAGUGGCUGUGAAUCACUCGAAACAGCCGUAUUUCCUGAAAAAUUCACAAGAUUUCCCUUUUUAUUAUUCAAUCGUUGCAGCAAACUCAAUAAUUUCCAUUUCCCAGCAACCCUUACAUACAUAGGAAAGUGGUGUUUCCAGUAUUGCGACUCUUUGGAGAAAGUAAUUUUGGAUGAUUCUGUUUCUAUGUUAGGAAUUGGUUGUUUUGGGUUCUGCUCUUCAUUAAAAGAAGUGUCUUUGCCCAAAAACAUUACUACAAUACCAGACGAAGCGUUUACGAGUUGUUCUACCUUAGAAGUGAUUUCUUUUCCUGAUUCCGUCGAAGAAAUUGGCUCUAUGUCAUUCUAUGGCUGUGACGGACUUACUUCUAUCAAGCUCCCUGCGGCGCUUGUUAAUCUGUCGACAGAUGCAUUUCUAAAAGCAUCAAAUGUCAAAACCGUCAAAAUUUCCCAUCAAAACCAUAAUUUUUAUGUUGAAAACAGCAUUCUUAGGAAUUCCAAGCGUUUAAUAUACAUGCCACCGAAAUCAACAGCUACAGAACUCACUCUGAAUAACAUAGAAAUUGGUGCAAAUUGUUUCGCUGAUUGUAUUAACCUUAAAUCAGCGGUUUUGACAAAUUGUAAAAAUAUUGAAGAGAGAUGUUUUUACGACUGUUCAAAUCUAGAAACAGUAACAAUAUCAUGUCCAUUAGUCACAGAAUUCUCUGAUGAACUGUUUUGUGGAACGAAAUUAUCAGAAAUAGAAAUUCCAAAAUCAAUUUUAAUAAUUGGAAAUGGAGUUUUCAAAAAUUGUAAAUAUUUACAAAAAGUGACAUUCCAAAGUGAAGUGACAUCAAUUGGUGACUAUUGUUUUACCAAUUGCAUCAAACUAAUAACAGUUAAUUUGCCACAAACAGUCAGAACCAUUGGAAUUGAGUGUUUCCAUGGAAGUGGACUGACAGAAAUUGCUUUACCAACCAGAUUGGAAUUUUUGUCUAAAGGAAUGUUCAUUGACUGUCUCAGUUUGUCUGAUGUUGUAAUUGGCCAGAAAGUGUAUGUUUUCAACGAUUUCUGUUUCAGUGGCUGUGAGAAACUGUCUAAAAUAUCUAUUCCUGAGUUUCUAGAAGAGAUUAAACAGUCUUGUUUCAGUGGCUGUUCAUCUUUAUCAAAAAUUGUUUUGACAAACACAGUCAAAAAGAUACAGACAUGGGCAUUCAGAGAUUGCAGCAGUUUGAGGGAAAUCGUGAUGCCAAAAGUAGAAAAAAUAGGACCAAACUGUUUCGAUUCUUGCACGAAAUUAUUAACAAUCAUAAUUCCUUCAUCUUGUUCAGCAAUUUUGCAAAAUACAUUUUGGGGUUGUACUAGUUUACAAAAUGUCACGUUUUAUGGAAAUAUUGACUCAAUUUCUGAAUCCAGUUUUGAGAAUUGUUUCAGUUUGAAGACUGUUAUUUUCAUGUCUGAUUUGCAGAGCUUGGAUGUAGACAGCUUUUUAAACUGCAACAGUCUGAAAGAUAUUUAUUACUGCGGAAGAAUAAAUGUCAAAACUGACUUUUUCAAUGAAAACGUGACAGUUCAUUUGAGUGGUGAUUCACCAGUGAAUUCAUUUGGAAUAUGCAAUGUUCUCAAGGAUGGAAACACUGUCUGCAAGAUGCCACAGCCAACAUCAGUUCCAGAACCAACAUCAAGCGGAAACAAGAAGAGAAGGAUUGUUUUGAUUACUUUGAUUUCUAUUUCUUCUUUGUUACUUAUUUCUAUUGUUGUUUUCUCUGUUAUUUUGUGCAGAAACAAGAGGAAAUUCAGAGAAACACUAACAGAAUCUCUUUUGUCUGUAUCAAAAGAGCCAUAA